AUGUUGCUGUUCCACGUCAAGGAGGCCCAGGCUCAGCGUCCAGAGCCCACUCAGGAGGUUGAGUCUCCACCCCAGCAAGAGGGUCCUGCUCAAAAUCCACAGACCCCUGGGAAGGUUGAAUCUUUUCCGCCCCAGGCAGAGGCCCAGGCUCAGCGUCCAGAGGCCACUGAAGAGACAGAACCAGCUCCACUUCAGCAGGGGGCUCUGUCUCAGCCUUCAGAGGGCCCUGAGGAAGUAGGCGCUGCAGUCCCUUGGGGGGAGGGAGGGCUUCAGGAGCUUUUAGCUGAACAAUUAAGGCCUCAUGGUCCCAAUGAGAAUGAAGCUCAGCAGUCAGACCUGCACAGUGUCAGUGUUAACCCUGUGGAUCUGGCACUUACUAUAAAUCCAGAGGUCACUAAUGUGGUUGAAACUUCUCCAGUUCUGCAGGAGGCCCCCUAUCAGCCUCCAGAGAGCCCUGAGGAGGUGGAACCUUCUCCAGUCCAGGAGGAAGCUGCGUCUCAGCCUCCAGAGAGCCCCGAGGAGGUGCAACCUUCACUUGAGCAGGAGGCCCAGGCUCAGCCUGCAGAGCAUCCUGAGGAGGCGGAACCUCCUCCAUUCCCUCAGGAGGCCCAGGCUCAGCCUGCAGAGCGCCCUGAGUAUGACUCUGCCCCACUCCAGCAAGAGGCCCCAGCGCAAGUUCCGGGGUCCCCUGGUGAGAAUGUACCUCAGUUUCCAGCGAGUGAAGAGGCAGCAGCUCGACCUGGAAGUAACUAUCCAGCUCACUCCAAGCUGUCCAGUGUUACACUUAAACCUGUGGAUUUGGAACUUAUGGUCACUCCAGAGCCUGCUAAGGAAGGCGAGUUUACCGCAGCCCAGCAGGAGCCCCGGCCUCAGCCUCCUGAAUAUUCUGUGGAGGCAGAACCUUCUCCAACCCCGCAGGAUGCCACAGGACCGGCUCAGCCUUAUGAGCCUAAUGGGGAAGUUGUACCCUUCUCAACCCAGCAGGAGAGCCCAGCUCAGCCCACAGAGCAUCCUGAGGUGGUGAACCCAGCCACCCAGCAGGAGAGCCCAGCUCAGUCUCCAGCAGAGAUAGAGCCUUCCGCAACCCAGCAGGAAAGCACAGCUCAGCGUCCACAGUCUCCCGCUGAGGCCGAACCCUCUCCAGCUCAUUCUCAAGAUCAUGUGACAACAGCUUCUCCUCCAGGCCAGGAUCAAGCUCAGUCUCUGCAGUGGCCCAGUGUCACUGUUAAACCUGUGGACCUUGCACUCACCAUAACUUCAGGGCCCACAAGUGAAGCUGGACCUUCUCCGCCCCAACAGGAGGCCUCAUCUCAGUCUGCAGGGUCCCCUGAGCAGUUGGAACCGUUACUGGUCGAGCAGGAGGUUCCGGAACAGCCUCCAGCCCCCUCAGGAAAUGGUGAACCUUCUCCAGUCCAGCUUGAGCCCCCAACUCAGCCUCCAGAGACCUCUACAGCUGCCACAGCUCAACAUCCAGUACAUAAUGAGGUGACGUUCUCACCUGCAGGGCCAGGUGAAGCUCAGCAUCCAGUGAUGCCUAGUACCAUAGGCAAACCCCUGGAUCUCACAGUUGUCAUCACUCCAGAGCCUGCUAAGGAGGCUGAAAGUUCCCCAGAGCAGCAGGAGGGCUCUGCUCAUUUUCCCGUUUCCCCCGAGCAGGCUGAAAUUUCUCAGUCCAGUCUAAGCCUCUUUCUCCGUCUCCGGAGCACCCUGGGAAGGUUGAAUCUCCCAGGACAACAAGAGGCCACAGCUCAGACUACAGGUCCCCCUGAGGGGGUGGGGCUUUCUUCGGUCCAGGAGGAAGCCCCGUCUCAACCUCCAGAGCCACCUAAGGAGGUUGAGAUGACAGUUGGAAGACCAGGACAGAAUCACGCUCAGCAUUCCAGCUCGCCCAGUGUCACUCAUAAAGCUUUGGACCUGGGGCUGACCGAGGCCUGGCUCAGACGCAGCAGCCUGAGGGCACCAGGGAGGCCCGGCUGCAGCAGGGGCGGUGGGGUCUGUCCUCUCCCACCCUCAUCUCAGCAUCAGGAAAAUCUGUUCACUGUAGACUGGAGGGACUAGGGGCUGGAGACGGGGGAGAGCCAUGAAAACAGCUCCUUCCUUAAAAGAAAGGGUGGACAAAUCACUCCAUCGUUACUCUUCGUGUCUAGGGAGACAGAGAGAUGGAAAGAGAGACCAGGGUAAGGACUGAGACAAGAAUGAAAAAUACAGAGAAGCACAGAAGUACAGAGAGUGUAGACAGAAAGGUGCCAAGACAGAAAUAGAUACAGACACUGGGAGACAGAGAAACACACACCUGGAGGGUGUCUGGAUGGAAGGUGCUGGGAGACGGGGUGGGGCUGAGUCAGAACUGAUGUGGGGGGAUGGUCGUGCAGGAAGCCGAGCCGCUGAGGCCCUGAGGGUUUGGGGUCCUUGGGGAGUCUGGGACAGAAGGGCCUAGAGCCACGGGUUCCCCACCUACCAGUAUGGCCUAUCCAAGGACGGGGCUGGGGCUGAAGUAGGUGUGCGGAAGUGUAUCCAGUCCCCUCCCAAGGCUGCUGGCCUGGGGUCCCUGGAGCUGGGGACAGGUGCCUGCCUUUCCGCGUCCUCCUCCCGAACUGUGCCAGCUGGCCCCGUCCCCCCACCCCAGGCCAGUGUCAGGUUCCAGGCUGUUCCCCGGGGGAACUUUGAUCUGGAAAGAAUGAGGGUGACCGAGCUGGCGGCUGCCCAGGGCCGAGCCGUGCCACUGAGACCUGGCCUGGGCUGCCCCUGCCACCUUCCCACCUGUGGGGGCACCAGGCAGUCACUCCAGGGCUCAGGAGACACAGGUGGGGUCUCUUCUGCUUUCCUGCCCCCCUGUUCUCUCCACUUCCAUUCACUGUUCAGUCACUAGUUCCUGCACUGCUCCAUUCGGCGCCCCUCCCUUCACUCACUCAUUCAAAUGGCUGAUGGAGCUGGGGGCUGGGCCAGGGGUCAGAGGGAUGAGAGAGGCAGGGCCUUGCCCUCUCAGGAGCCCCAGAGAUCACUACUCAAGACAGACAGCAGCUCCACACUGGAGGAGGGAGCCAGGGCAGGAGAGGAGGGAUAUAUUUCAAUGGGCAUGGUGGGCGGGGAGGGGAGGGGAGGAGUGGUAACAGGCCUCAUCAGGGACGGCUUCCUGGAGGAGGUGGCAUUUAAACUGGGCUCUGAAGACCUAAAGAAGGGAGUCUGCCAGACAGGAUGGCAAGUGGAAGGGAUGCUUCAGGCAGUGGGACCAGGGCAGCCACAAAGGCAGAAGUGUGGGAGUUUGUGCAUUUUGCCGGAAGGGCCUUGAAAUGCACCUUAAGGCAUUCGACCCACUGUUGGUGGAGGGGAGUCAUGGGUCAGAGGGAUAGUUUUGUUAGAGAAAGGAGACUCGGGGGGGCUUGCAGGGGAGGUGGCAGCCUGGUGGUGUGGGUGCUGGUCUCCUCCAGGCUUCCCCAAGGAGGUGCUAGCGCCCGCAGAGACCUCCCGUACCGCUCCAGCCCCAAGGGGGACUCCAGAAUGAUUCUGAGGAAGCCCAGCUUGUGUGUGGGCUGCAAAAGGCUUUGGAGGGCCCUGGCCCAGGCCAGAGCCCAGCCCCCUGCCUCUGCCCAGCCUCCCCACCCCCACUGCUUACUUGGAGUGACACAGCCUUUUUCUGGGCUGAAAGCAGACACUGCCUGGCCUGCGGGGCCCCUGGGGAAGGCCCAGGGAGCCACAGCCCUGGAGCUCUGCCUCCCCCAGUC